AUGGCCCACACCACCCCCGGCAACUCGUCUCCCCGCGAAUUCACCAUCCUCCUCUUGGGCGAAACCGGCGUCGGAAAAUCGACAUGGAUAAACGGAUUCGCUAACUUCGUCAAUUUCCCGGACCUCUCUGCCGCCGAAGAAAACAACAUCCAUUGCAUCAUCCCAACUACUUUCACCGUCACGGACGAGAACUAUAAGGCAAAAUUGAUUACUGUCGGACAGGAUAUUAACGAAGUCAUGGACGUCGGGCAAUCCGCCACCCAACACCCGAAAUCCUACCUCUUCCCAAAAGAUGGCUAUACCGUCCGUCUAAUCGACACGCCCGGAAUCGGCGACGUCCGCGGAGUAAAACAAGACAAGAAAAAUUUUGAACUCAUUCUCGACCAUAUUUCACACCUCGACUCAAUUCACGCCAUUUGCAUCUUGCUCAAACCCAACAACGCCCGACUCAACAUCGUAUUCCAAUUCUGCAUUAAAGAACUGCUAAGUCAUCUCCAUAUCGACGCGUGUGCCAACAUCGUUUUCUGCUUUACUAAUUCCCGUUCCACCUUUUAUCGCCCGGGCGACACGUUACCAGCUUUGGAAAAACUGCUUGAAGAAAACCCACAUGCCCCUAUCCCGUUAGAUCGGUCUACAAUUUACUGCAUGGACAACGAAGCGAUCAGAUUUCUUUAUGCCACAAAAAACGGGAUAAAAUUCACUCCAGACGAACGUCGAAAUUACGUCGCGUCGUGGGAGAAGUCGGUCGAAGAAAUAGAUCGACUUCUCGCCCGAGCGAAAUCAUGCCCGCCUCAUUCGGUGCAAUCGACCAUAUCGUUAAACACGGCGAGACAAACAAUCCUCGCCCUAGGCAGUCCGAUGGCCGAAGUAACGCGUAAUAUUCAACUUAACAUUGUAAUGAAACAGGCACACGUCGAAUUAUUAAAAAAUUCCAAAGCAUCGAAAGACGAGAUAAGCCAACAGCUGAUUCAAAAAGUAUAUGAGACACGCAUGCGCAACCUAAACGAACCUAGAACGGUCUGUACCGCUUCGUCAUGCGUCGAGUAUGUUGACGUCAAAGGAAUUAAAGAGUGCAAGUAUAAAUCCCACUGUCACACCAAUUGCGGCACCGGUAAGGAGAAACACUUCAAAAUAGCGAAUAUAGUCGGACACAAAAACCUAAAAAAAUGUUCCGCAUUCAAUUCUGACGGGAUGUGUAAGCGAUGUAGCUGCAGUUGGCAAGUACACAUGAAGAUAACAUAUGAGACGUUCAUAGUAGAGAAGGAAGUUCAUAAUGUCGAGAAACAUUUGGAAUUACAAAAUCAGGAGAAUUCUAUCGAAAUCGUUGAGCAAUACGUUAACAGCUUUGGCAUCUAUAUCGACGAUUUGAGGCAAGAGCAGGAAGAGAUUACUAAAGCAAGUAUCGAGUUCGCCAAAUUUUUGCGGGUUAACGCCAUCACGCCGUUUAACAAUGCAAUGGAUGCGUACAUGGAGCAUUUCAUUCGUGAAGAGUGGAAUAAGAUGGCCAGUCCGGGGGGAGGGAAUCCCAAAGUUUAUGAAGGUUUGCAGAAAAUGCAGGCUAAUUACCGGGAUCAAAUGAAAAUUUUAGAAGUAGCGAUGCAGCAAAAAUGUAGCGGGCCACCACUUACUUCCCCUGAGCUGGACCAACUCAUCAAGAAUUUGUGUAAGAUGAAACACAGUGGGAGGAUGUUAAGGCAAAUGAUGGAAACUUCCCAAAUUUCGGCAGACUCUUGCUACACAGAGAACGUAGUGCAUCGGAAUGCAACUCUUACCACGGUUCCAAAACCUCUUAGGAAGAUGAAUAACGUACUAGACGGUAUAAUAGAAUGGAUUAAUCCUGAAAAAUCCGUUAAAUCGGGUGAGACGAGUGGCUUGGAAUACGAUGGUAACCGAAAUGCACACAAUAGUGCUUCGCAACUAGGCCAGCGGAAACCAUUGGUUACCAGUAAGUCGUUUUUUCAAGAAAUCUAUCUACAGUUUAGACCAAGACAAGAGACGAAAACAUCGGGAAGAUUGGUGGCGGAUGGUAUUGGAGAAAGAGAGCAAAUUUAUACAGGAGAAGAAGAACCCGCGGUUCAGAAGUCGGCGGGUCGCCCAGCCUAUCGACCAUCGAAGAGAGGGUCCCCCCGAACUCGACUUCAACCUCCGAAAGAGCGAGCUGUUGCUCCACCGGUGAAAUCGCGAGCACCACUACCGCCCACACAAAUUAACACGGAAAAUCAUGGUGACCACGGCCAUCACCAACCACCAAUAUCAGAAGCAAGGCCAUCUUCAUUGGAAGAGAUUCGCAUAGAACGUGAAACUAAAUCACGCACAGACGGAGAACUGGCUGCCUUUAAACGAGCUUUUGCCGCUGCAGCAGCCAAAUUUGAUCAAGAUCCUGAGUGGAACUAG